CGGUCUGGUACGUCAUAAUAUAUUUUUAUCUGAUUACCUGGCUGCGGUGAGUGCUAGAGAUGGACUCGGUGGCGUGUCACGCAAGCAUCACUUGGGGAGAAGGACAAUUUUCUUUUUUUCCCUACAAAGAUUUCGUGACACGAGCCCACCUUCAGGCACUUACAAGGCAAGCAGUGGCGCCGAUCGCCAGGGACGCCAAUGGAUGGCCCGGGUCGGGUCCCACAGCACCAAAGAAUCGUGCAUUACCUCCAUCCCGACUCACAGAUACAUCGCCGCUCUCCAGCUCCAGAUACACAGAUACACAGAUACAGAUACAGAUGCAGAUGCAGAUUGUGAACAGGACGAAUGAGCUACCGCAGGAGAUCGAACAGACGAUUUAUCCGGCAGCGGUGCCCCGGACUAGGGAGUUGGAUCAACAAUGGACUACGAGAAUACCCACAAUCGCAGCAUGGUCGAUGCCCGAUCAAGGACUCCGCUGCACCAUAUCGACAUCGUAUCUGGGCCAGACACCCAUCAGGACAGCGACUCUGCAUGCCAUGAAGUGUCCUUCGAAACCCGGCGGACUCCUGACCAGCAUAGCCAGAACUAGGCUAAUAUAUUAAUCAUAAGGAUGUUGUAAGAGUAUUAUAUCCUAUCCUAUUAUAAAUAAAUACACUGAAAAUA